CAUAAUUAAUAGAUAUUGCUUUGGAGGUCAGACGAACAUGCAGACGAGCGCCCCUACGGGCUCUCGGGUCUACCCAGCGGCCCAGAGGCAAGCGCGGGCUGGGCGACCGCUAGUGUUAACCUCUAGGGCUACUGCUACCAUGGAACCCUCUACCUCAGCACCUGCAGUUCCCAGCGCGACACAAUUCCUGCGCAAGCACAUGCUCAAGCUUGCACCGUAUACUCCAAUCGAACCGUUCGAAGUGCUGUCAUCUCGCUACGGGAGAAAGCCGGAGGAUAUCAUUAAGCUUGACGCCAAUGAGAAUCCGUAUGGGCCGCCACCCGAAGUGCGGCAGGCGCUCGGGAGUAUGUCAUUUCCACAUAUUUAUCCGGACCCUGAGACGCGCGCGCUCCGCCAGGCGCUAUCUAAGAUGCACAACAUUCCGAUGGAGAAUCUGCUUGUUGGCUGCGGCGCCGAUGAGCUCAUUGACUUGCUGAUGCGUUGUGUUUUGGAACCUGGAGAUAAGAUCGUGGAUUGUCCGCCCACCUUUACGAUGUACGUCUUUGAUGCCGACGUCAACGACGCCCGGGUGGUUACAGUGCCCCGCCUGGAGGGCUUCAGGCUUGACGUGGAAGGAAUCAGACGAGCCGUGUUGGAGCACCAGCCCAAGGUGGUGUUCCUCACGUCACCGAACAACCCGGAUGGUUCCAUGAUUAGUGAGUCGGAUCUGUUGGCCAUUUUGGAUCUUCCCGUACUGGUGGUUUUGGACGAGGCCUACAUUGAGUUCAGUACGGAGGCUAGUCGCAUGCACUGGGUUACGGAGCGGCACAACUUGGUAGUGCUAAGGACGUUUAGCAAGAGCGCGGCUCUUGCGGGGUUGCGUGUGGGUUACGGCGCCUUCCCCUCCGCGAUGAUUGAGUACUUGUGGCGAGCCAAACAGCCGUACAACGUGUCUGUGGCGGCGGAGGUAGCGGCGUGUGCAGCACUGACAAACAUGGAGUACCUGGACAAGGUUCGCAAUGCACUGGUUUCGGAGCGAGAUCGGCUUUUCUCGCGAUUGAAAGAGAUCCCUUUCUUGGAGCCGUACCCCUCGCAUGCUAAUUUCAUUCUGGCAAAGGUGACGGGGGGCCGUGACGCGAAGGCCAUCAAGGACGCGCUGGCUUCCCAGUACGGCAUCAUGGUACGACACUACGCCAAGAAGGAGCUGUCCGGCUACAUUCGCGUCAGUGUUGGGAGACCUGAGCACACGGACAAGCUGAUUGAGGCGCUGAAGCAGCUUUGAACUACUGGGAGAGGAGCUUGUUUGGCAUCAGGGAGAACGAGGGGGGGUGCGGGUGAGGAGAGGGACGACACGGGGAAGUGUGUGUGUGUGUAGGUAUGUCUUUUGAGGGUGAGGAUGAGGGCGAGUGGAGAAGGGAAGGGAGUUGGAGAGCGGCGGCGUGGUGGUGUGAUGGGUUAGCGGCGCCUGGCACUCACACAGCCCCUUCUGUUUCUCCGUGUGCGAUCGGCCUGUCUGUCUGUAAGUAUGUAUGUAUGUUGUCCAUGCGCCACCGUCUCUGCCUCAACUCGCCUUUGGUGACGGCCGCCAUUGCGCGACGUGUUUUUGCACUUUUAUGACAUGAAAUCAUACGGCCCCGCUUUUCCUGUUGUAGCGUGACGGCUACACAAUAAUGAGAUGUUUUAGAUAAUAAUUUAAGAGUAACGAAUUUG